CCCGGGGACGUGCCCGGAGCGGCCCAGGCGAGGCCGAGCGAGGCCGAAAUGCGCCCGGCGCCCGCCGCCCUCCUCGCCUGCCUCCUGGCCCUGCACGCAGGCCCGUCGCGCGGGGUGAACGUCACCAGCGCGGCGCCGCUGGUGCGCGGCACGGCGGGCGAGGCGGCCCUGCUCUCGGUGCGCUACAGCAGCGCCAGCGCCGACCGGCCCGUGGUGAAGUGGCAGCUCAGGCGCGACAAGCCCGUCACCGUGGUGCAGUCCGUCGGCACCGAGAUCAUCGGCACCCUGCGGCCCGACUACCGCGACCGCCUGCGGGUGCUGCGCAACGGCUCGCUGCUCAUCAGCCCGCUGCAGCUGGCCGACGAGGGCACCUACGAGGUGGAGGUGUCCAUCACCGACGACACCUUCACCGGCGAGAAGAGCAUCAACCUCACCGUGGACAUCCCCAUCUCGAAGCCGCAAGUGGUGGUGGCCUCCUCGACGGUGCUGGAGCUCAGCGAGUUCUUCACCCUCAACUGCUCGCACGAGAACGGCACCAAGCCCAGCUACACGUGGCUCAAGGACGGGCGCCCGCUGAGCAACGACUCCCGCCUGCUGCUCUCGCCCGACCACAAGGUCCUCACCAUCACCCGCGUCCUCAUGGCCGACGACGACGUCUACAGCUGCCUGGUGGAGAACCCCAUCAGCCACGGCCGCAGCGUCCCCGUCAAGCUCACCGUCUACCGCCGCAGCUCCCUCUACAUCAUCCUCUCCACCGGCGGCAUCUUCCUCCUCGUCACGCUGGUGACCGUCUGCGCCUGCUGGAAGCCCUCCAAAAAGGGCAAGCGGGGAGCGGAGGCGCCCGGCGCGGCCGACUUCGCCGAGCAGGACGAGGAGCACCUCAAGCACGAGGCCGAGAGCAUCGCGCGGAGCGCCGAGCCCGACCGCAAGAACCCCGUGGCCCUCUACAUCCUCAAGGACCAGGAGCCGCCCGAGACCGAGGAGGAUCCGCCGGGCGAAAGCGGGCCGGGCUACCCGCCGGCUGGCCGUUCGCCGGGCGCCCCGGCCCGCUCGGCCCGCCGCUACCACCGCUCGCCGGCCCGCUCGCCGGCCUCGGCCCGGCCGCCCCGCUCGCCUCCGGGCUCUCCGGCCCGCUCCCGCGGUGCCCCGCGGCUGCUGCGGACUGCCGCCGUGCCCGUCAUCCGGGAGCAGGAGGAGGCGGCCGCCGUGGAGAUCAGCGCCUGAGCGGCGGGCGCCCGGCGCGGGCGGCUCGGCCUCAACUCACUAAUUCGCUACGGAGUCGGCCCCGGCACCGGCACCGGCACCGGCUCCGGCUCCGGCACCGGCACCGGCACGCCGCGCUCCCUCUGCCUGCCCGUCGGCGCGGGAUGCGGCAGCCGGUGCGGAGCGCGCGGGAAGCGCGUCCGCCCGGGGCUGGGGCGUGCGGAGGGAGCGGGCACGGAGCGUGCGGAGGGAGCGGGCACGGAGCGUGCAAGAGGGCAAGCACGGAGUGUAUGGUCUGAGCGUGCACGGAGCGUGCAGAGCGAACAUGCAGGGAGCAUGCAGAGAGAGCGUGCAGGGAGCAUGCACGGAGUGUGCAAGAGGGCAAGCACGGAGUGUGCAAAGAGAGCGUGCACGGAGCGUGCAAGAGGGCAUGCACGGAGCGUGUGGUGGGAGCGUGCACGGAGCGUGCAGAGAGAGCAUGCACAGACCGUGCAAAGAGAGUGUGCUCAGAGCAUGCACGGAGCGUGCAAGAGGGCAUGCACGGAGCACGCGGAGAGAGCGUGCACGGAGCAUGUCGUGAGAGCGUGCACAGACCGUGCAGAGAGAGUGUGCCCGGAGCAUGCACAGAGCGUGCAAGAGGGCAAGCACGGAGCAUGUGGUGUGAGCGUGCACGGGCCGUGCAAAGAGAGUGUGCCCGGAGUAUGCAUGGAGCAUGCAGAAAAAGUGUGCCCGGAGCGUGCACGGAGCGUGCGGAGAGAGCAUGCACAGACUGUGCAAAGAGAGUGUGCCCAGAGCAUGCACAGAGCGUGCAAGAGGGCAAGCACGGAGCACGCGGAGAGAGCGUGCACGGAGUGUGUGGUGUGAGCGUGCACAGAGUGUGCAGAGAGAGUGUGCCCAGAGUGUGCACGGAGCGUGCAAGAGGGCAAGCACAGAGCGUGUGGUGUGAGUGUGCACAGACCGUGCAGAGAGAGUGUGCCCGGAGCGUGCCCGGAGCGUGCAAGAGGGCAUGCACGGAGCACGCAGAGAGAGCGUGCACGGAGCGUUUGGUGUGAGCGUGCACGUGCCGUGCAAAGAGAGUGUACCCGGAGUAUGCACGGAGCGUGCAAGAGGGCAUGGAUAGAGCACGCAGACAGAGCGUGCACGGAGCGUUUGGUGUGAGCGUGCAUGGGCUGUGCAAAGAGAGUGUGCCCAGAGCAUGCCCGGAGCGUGCAAGAGGGCAAGCACGGAGCGUGUGGUGUGAGCGUGCACAGACCGUGCAGAGAGAGUGUGCCCGGAGCGUGCACGGAGCGUGCAAGAGGGCAUGGAUGGAGCACGCGGAGAGAGCGUGCACGGAGCGUGAGGUGUGAGCGUGCACGGGCUGUGCAAAGAGAGUGUGCCCAGAGCAUGUCUGGAGCGUGCAAGAGGGCAUGCGCAGAGCGUGUGGUGUGAGCGUGCACGGAGUGUGCAGAGAGAGUGUGCCCAGAGCGUGCAAGAGGGCAAGCACGGAGCGUGCAAGAGGGCAUGCAUGGUGUGUGCGGAGAGAGCAUGCACGGAGCAUGUGGUGUGAGCGUGCACGGAGCGUGCGGAGAGAGCAUGCACAGACCGUGCAAAGAGAGUGUGCUCAGAGCAUGCACAGAGUGUGCAAGAGGGCAUGCACGGAGCACGCAGAGCGUGCACGGAGCGUGUGGUGUGAGUGUGCAGAGAGAGUGUGCCCAGAGUGUGCAUGGAGCGUGCAAGAGGGCAUGCACAGAGUGUAUGGUGUGAGUGGGCACAGACCGUGCAAAGAGAGUGUGCCCGGAGUAUGCACGGAGCGUGCAAGAGGGCAAGCACGGAGCACGCAGACAGAGCGUGCACAGAGCAUGUGGUGUGAGCGUGCACAGAGUGUGCAAAGAGAGUGUGCCCAGAGCGUGCCCGGAGCAUGCAAGGGGGCAUGCACGGAGCGUGUGGUGUGAGCGUGCAUGGAUCAUGCAGAGAAAGCGUGCAUGGACUGUGCAAAGAGAGUGCACCUGGAGCAUGCACGGAGCGUGCAAGAGGGCACGCAUGGAGCACAUGGAGAGAGCGUGCCCGGAGCGUGCAGAGACAGCAUGCACAGAGCAUGUGGCGUGAGCAUGCCCGGAGCGUGCAGAGAGACUGUGC